AUGAACUCCUACGAUCAGCUGCACCGGCAAUGUCGAACUCUCGAAAACCUAUUCUACACUAAGCUUACCUCUUACUCUCAACUGCUGGAGGAGACAAACGAGCAACUGGCCGUGUUGUCAAACGAGCCCGACACCGUCUCUGCGUCAAUGCUCCGAACAAUCCAGCAUCAUGGUGAAAUAUUCAGAGACAAUAUGCGGGAACUGAAGAGGACCAAGGCUAGUGUGAAGAAUGCGUUGGACCACGCAAACCUGCUGAGUGGCGUCAGGAACGACAUUGAGGCAUAUAAGUCGACUGCGGCAGAUUCGUUGCUGGCUGAACGGGGCCGAAUUGAUAGUUCGCAUUCCAUGACGGACACAAUGAUUGAGCAGGCCUACGAGACACGCGCGGAGUUUGGUCGGCAACGGGGCUCUCUGGCGGGCAUUAAUACCCGGAUGCAGGGUGUCCUCAACACGAUGCCUGGCAUCAACAACCUUGUCUCGAUGAUCAAGUCGAGGAGAAGGAGGGACUCGAUAAUAAUGGGAGUGGUCAUCGGGGUUUGCAUUAUCAUUAUUCUGUCGUACGUGUUUGGGUAG